GCGCCGGCUGGCGUUGCAGUAUCUGAACUGAAAAGCCUUAGAUACUAUCUCGAGCGAAUUCCGAUCGUCGCUCCUCCGCCAUGAGCUCGGCGGCGACGAAGGAUCCGCCGCUCGCAUAUGCGGAAACGGUGGAGGAAAUCACUUCAAUCUACCGAUCGCUACCGCCGAGGCCUUCGAUUGAGGAGGUUGAGGCGGCGGCUUCUGUUCUCCGAACAGUGGAGGCAGAGGAACGGCUCCAGUUGGAGGGGAUCGAGCAGCUUCGUCCGAGGAAAGACGCGCCUCCGGAGCUGUUCGCCGUGCUGAAGGAUGUGAAGAGAGCGAUGGUCGCUUUCCGCAGCCACGAGCAGCGGAAGGAGGCGGCUCAAUUGGUUGAGCUGGACAGGAAUUUUCAAGUGUUUGAUGGAUUAAUCCGAAAGGCUUCGGCGAUUGUGUCUGGUGAUCCUGUUGUAGAGGAAACGCCUAAUUUGAGCGGCGGCGGCGGCAGCGGUGUUGGUAGUGGAAAUGAAAGGAUGGCUGUGAUAUACGAGGAGGAGAGUGAAGAGAAUCCUGAUACAGAAGAUGCUGAUCAUGUUGGUGAAUCGAAGCCUCUUACGUCCAUAAUUACGUCUUCGAAGGCAAUUUCUGCAUUCUCAGGGGAAGGAGAAGUCGAAAAAUUGAACCUCAUGAAAGUGGCGGGAGUAAUCGAAGCUUCGGCCAAAACCGGCGCAAGUGUUUUGGAUCUUCGCGGCAAACUGAGGGAAGAUAUAGAGUGGCUUCCAUUGUCUCUAGGAAAGCUAUACACUGUAUCUGAAUUAUAUCUAUCGGAAAAUCGAAUCAUGGCUCUCCCGAAUUCCAUUACCACCCUCAAUAACUUGAUGAAGCUCGAAGUCCGCGCUAACCAGCUGAUAAAUCUUCCAGAGUCAUUCGGUGAGCUGCAGAAUUUAACCGACCUUGAUCUUGCAGCGAACCGGUUGAAGUCGCUGCCAGAAUCAUUCGGCAGCUUGAAAAAUCUGAUGAAUCUUGAUUUAAGUUCCAACGGGUUCUCAAGCUUACCUGCUGUAAUCGGGAACCUGUGUUCUCUACAGAAACUGAACUUGGAAACGAAUGAUCUCGAAGAACUUCCUUACAUGAUUGGAUCAUGCUCGUUGCUUGUGGAGCUGAGAUUGGAUUUCAAUCAGCUCAAAGCUCUUCCGGAAGCAGUAGGAAAGCUUGAACACUUGGAGAUUCUUACUCUGCACUAUAAUCGAGUACGACGAUUGCCCUCAACAAUAGGCAAUCUCUCUCGUUUAAGAGAGCUCGAUGUUAGCUUCAACGAGCUCGAGAGCAUACCCGAAGCUCUUGGAUUUGUGGGAAGCCUCAGAAAACUGAAUGUCGGGAAGAAUUUCGCAGACCUCCAAUUAUUGCCACGGUCGCUUGGAAACCUGGAGAUGCUCGAAGAGCUUGACAUAAGUGACAAUCAAAUAACUGCUUUGCCAGACUCGUUUAGGUUCCUAUCGAGCCUAAAGAUCUUUCGAGCUGAUCAAACGCCCUUGGAGGCGCCACCAAAGGAUAUUAUAAAGUUGGGUGCGCAGGAUGUUGUACAAUACAUGGCUGAUUUUGUUGCUCGGAGGAAUGUGAUGCCGAGGCAGACAAAGGCAAAGAAGAAAAAGGGGUUAUGUUCUUACAUAUGCCCCCUGUUAUGCUUUGGCAUCGGGAAGGCGUAAAUUUCCUCAGGUAAGAAUUCGAAAGCAAUAAAUAUUGUAUCUAUAUACUCUCGCAUGUUUUAAAUUCGUCGGAAGGUAUGUGUUUUAUAUGAAAUUGAUGCAGAUUGAGUUCAUGUCUGUGUAGAAAGUGUCCAAAGUUCUGCAUCGGUGAUUUAUUUACGCACGAUUACGACUGUGAAUAAUCGAUCGUUUUCGAAUAUGUAUAAAUUUGUGCAGUAAGAUUUCAUGUUGUUUGGUGUGAAAGAUGUAUUGCUGAGGCAAUAUUUGACAUUGCA